CGCACUCGGACCCCGGAGCCCAUGGGCGCGCCGAGCCGGGCGCGGGGGCGCUGAGCGGCGGAGCGGGAGCGGCCGGAGGAGCCAUGGACUGCAGCCUCGUGCGGACGCUCGUGCACAGAUACUGUGCAGGAGAAGAGAAUUGGGUGGACAGCAGGACCAUCUACGUGGGACACAGGGAGCCACCUCCGGGCGCAGAGGCCUACAUCCCACAGAGAUACCCAGACAACAGGAUCGUCUCGUCCAAGUACACAUUUUGGAACUUUAUACCCAAGAAUUUAUUUGAACAAUUCAGAAGAGUAGCCAACUUUUAUUUCCUUAUCAUAUUUCUGGUGCAGUUGAUUAUUGAUACACCCACAAGUCCAGUGACAAGUGGACUUCCACUCUUCUUCGUCAUUACUGUCACGGCUAUCAAACAGGGUUAUGAAGACUGGCUUCGACAUAAAGCGGACAAUGCCAUGAACCAGUGUCCUGUUCAUUUCAUUCAGCACGGCAAGCUCGUUCGGAAACAAAGUCGAAAGUUGCGAGUUGGGGACAUUGUCAUGGUCAAGGAGGAUGAGACCUUUCCCUGUGACUUGAUCUUCCUUUCCAGCAACCGGGGAGACGGGACGUGCCACGUCACCACCGCCAGCUUGGACGGAGAAUCCAGCCAUAAAACGCAUUAUGCGGUCCAGGACACCAAGGGCUUCCAUACGGAGGAGGAUAUCGGCGGACUUCACGCCACCAUCGAGUGUGAGCAGCCCCAGCCCGACCUCUACAAGUUUGUGGGCCGCAUCAACGUUUACAGUGACCUGAACGACCCCGUGGUGAGGCCCUUAGGAUCGGAAAACUUGCUGCUGAGAGGAGCUACACUGAAGAACACCGAGAAAAUCUUUGGUGUGGCUAUUUACACGGGCAUGGAAACCAAGAUGGCAUUAAAUUACCAAUCGAAAUCCCAGAAGCGGUCUGCCGUGGAAAAAUCGAUGAAUGCGUUCCUCAUCGUGUACCUCUGCAUUCUGAUCAGCAAAGCCCUGAUAAACACUGUGCUGAAAUACGUGUGGCAGAGCGAGCCCUUUCGGGAUGAGCCGUGGUAUAAUCAGAAAACGGAGUCAGAAAGACAGAGGAAUCUGUUCCUCAGGGCGUUCACGGACUUCCUGGCCUUCAUGGUCCUCUUUAACUACAUCAUCCCCGUGUCCAUGUACGUCACGGUCGAGAUGCAGAAGUUCCUCGGCUCUUACUUCAUCACCUGGGACGAGGACAUGUUUGACGAGGAGACUGGCGAGGGGCCUCUGGUGAACACGUCGGACCUCAACGAAGAGCUGGGACAGGUGGAGUACAUCUUCACGGACAAGACCGGCACCCUCACGGAGAACAACAUGGAGUUCAAGGAGUGCUGCAUCGAAGGCCACGUCUACGUGCCCCACGUCAUCUGCAACGGGCAGGUCCUCCCAGAGUCCUCAGGAAUCGACAUGAUUGACUCGUCCCCCAGCGUCAACGGGAGGGAGCGCGAGGAGCUGUUUUUCCGGGCCCUCUGUCUCUGCCACACUGUCCAGGUGAAAGAUGAUGACAGUGUGGACGGCCCCAGGAAGUCUCCAGACGGGGGGAAAUCCUGUGUGUACAUCUCAUCCUCGCCCGACGAGGUGGCGCUGGUCGAAGGUGUCCAGAGACUUGGCUUUACCUACCUGAGGCUGAAGGACAAUUACAUGGAGGUAUUAAACAGGGAGAACCACGUCGAAAGGUUUGAAUUGCUGGAAAUUUUAAGUUUUGACUCAGUUAGAAGGAGAAUGAGUGUAAUUGUAAAAUCCGCUACAGGAGAAAUUUAUCUGUUUUGCAAAGGAGCAGAUUCUUCGAUAUUCCCCCGAGUGAUAGAAGGCAAAGUCGACCAGAUCCGAGCCAGAGUGGAGCGGAACGCAGUGGAGGGGCUCCGAACUUUGUGUGUUGCUUAUAAGAGGCUGAUCCAAGAAGAAUAUGAAGGCAUUUGUAAACUGCUGCAGGCUGCCAAAGUGGCCCUUCAAGAUCGAGAGAAGAAGUUAGCAGAAGCCUAUGAGCAAAUAGAGAAAGAUCUGAUUCUGCUUGGUGCCACGGCUGUUGAGGACCGGCUGCAGGAGAAAGCUGCAGACACCAUCGAGGCCCUGCAAAAGGCCGGGAUCAAGGUCUGGGUUCUCACGGGAGACAAGAUGGAGACGGCCGCAGCCACGUGCUAUGCCUGCAAGCUCUUCCGCAGGAACACGCAGCUGCUGGAGCUGACCACCAAGAGGAUCGAGGAGCAGAGCCUGCACGACGUCCUGUUCGAGCUGAGCAAGACGGUCCUGCGCCACAGCGGGAGCCUGACCAGAGACAACCUCUCAGGACUCUCAGCAGAUAUGCAGGACUACGGCUUGAUUAUCGACGGAGCUGCGCUGUCUCUCAUAAUGAAGCCUCGCGAAGACGGGAGUUCCAGCAACUACAGGGAGCUCUUCCUGGAAAUCUGCCGGAGCUGCAGCGCGGUGCUCUGCUGCCGCAUGGCACCCUUGCAGAAGGCCCAGAUUGUUAAAUUAAUCAAAUUUUCAAAAGAGCACCCAAUCACGUUAGCAGUUGGCGACGGCGCAAAUGAUGUCAGCAUGAUUCUGGAAGCGCACGUGGGCAUAGGUGUCAUCGGCAAGGAAGGCCGCCAGGCUGCCAGGAACAGCGACUAUGCAAUCCCAAAGUUUAAGCAUUUGAAGAAGAUGCUGCUUGUUCACGGGCAUUUUUAUUACAUUAGGAUAUCUGAGCUCGUGCAGUACUUCUUUUAUAAGAAUGUCUGCUUCAUCUUCCCUCAGUUUUUAUACCAGUUCUUCUGUGGGUUUUCACAACAGACUUUGUACGACACCGCGUAUCUGACCCUCUACAACAUCAGCUUCACCUCCCUCCCCAUCCUCCUGUACAGCCUCAUGGAGCAGCAUAUUGGCAUCGACGUGCUUAAGAGAGACCCGACCCUGUACAGGGACGUCGCCAAGAAUGCCCUGCUGCGCUGGCGAGUGUUCAUCUACUGGACGCUCCUGGGACUGUUUGACGCACUGGUGUUCUUCUUUGGUGCUUAUUUCAUGUUUGAAAAUACAACUGUGACGAGCAAUGGGCAGAUAUUUGGAAACUGGACAUUUGGGACGCUGGUAUUCACUGUGAUGGUGUUCACAGUCACACUAAAGCUUGCGUUAGACACACACUACUGGACUUGGAUCAACCAUUUUGUCAUCUGGGGGUCGCUGCUGUUCUACGUCGUCUUUUCGCUCCUCUGGGGAGGAGUGAUCUGGCCAUUCCUCAACUACCAGAGGAUGUACUACGUGUUCAUCCAGAUGCUGUCCAGCGGGCCCGCCUGGCUGGCCAUCGUGCUUCUGGUGACCAUCAGCCUCCUGCCCGACGUCCUCAAGAAAGUCCUGUGCCGGCAGCUGUGGCCAACAGCAACGGAGAGAGUCCAGACUAAGAGCCAGUGCCUUUCUGUCGAGCAGUCAACCAUCUUUAUGCUUUCUCAGACUUCCAGCAGCCUGAGUUUCUGAUGGAACAAGGUGAUGCUCCUCUGCCUUCCGCACGCUUGGGAUGGUAGACGCGGGGCAGCAGGGCCAUGCCUGUCACCAGAGCCCCGAGUCCACGCGCUCCGACGCAGUGUCCGCCAGGCGCUGGGCACAGCAGCCCCACGUCAGGAAGCCCCACCACCCACUUACACCUUCACAUACACAGACCGAUCGUGAGCUGUGCUUUCCAUCAGUCACAGUUAACCAGGGUUUCUCCCUCAGCGUCCAGGCAGCCUCAGAACCCACCUGUGAGGGUUCAGACACAGCUGACAGCACAGAGCCGGCCACAUGAUCCCUCACACAGGUGUCAGAGAGGUUCCUGUGCAGGAAUCCUAAGCAGGAAGGUAUGAGAGUUUGCAAUUCACAGGUCAUCCAGGCCCUGAGCUCACAUACCCUGCCCUCCGCAGCCUGUAGAGUGUGGAUCCUCCCUCACGCACCCACUUCUGUGCCCAUUCUGCAGCUGGAAAGACUGACGACAGCUAGGAUAACACGGUUUGCUCAGGACCCACGCACAUUUCAGAAAAGGGGAGCCAGGCUGAGCCACACAACUGGAGACAAAGGGGACAGAAGUGUUUGGUGUCAGAUGUUCGACCAAAUUCUCUUUUUACUGUUUUUUGAAUGAAGACCUCUUUGAAAGCUUUCUGUUAAUAAUAUGCUUUAAAAAUGAUGGCCCUGGCCUUUCUGGGCAGCGUAGAGGCAUUCACAUGCCACUUUCCUGCGGUGGCAUCCGUGGUCAGAGCCGGGAUUGCAGGGGCCUGCGUGCUGUCCUGAAGUCACGUUCUGUCUUUCAGCCGUGUGCUCCGGCACCAAAUCCCGCAUUCACGCAUGCCUCCAAAUUAAUGGUGCUCUGAAAAUGCAUGUUUGGUAUUUUACUGUUUUACCAAAUGCAGCCUAGAAAAAUGCCCGGAGCAGAAAGGGCUUUUUUUCCCUUUAAUAACAUCAUCUUCUAUAUAUUUUAAACACCAUUUUUAGCUGACAAAAUGGUCCUUUUUUAAGUCCAAGCAAUUAAUAGGAAUCAAAAUUUUUCUAAUUUAGUGUCAUCAGAAUUUGUUAGAUUAAAUUGCAGAAUUUCAUCUCACCAUUUCUAUACUUGAAAACAUUAGGGAUGAAAUUAUUAGGAACACUUUAAUAACUCAUAGGAGGUCCUUAAGAAACUAAUUAAAUCAUGCCAACUCUAGGCUAAAAAUAUGCAUUCUAACUAUUGAUGUGGUUUGUUGAGAGCUGAUUUGCCUCCGAACAUGUGCAGAAGCUGAGCCCGGCUACAUAGAGACGGCCGCACAGAGGUUCGUUCUCCUGCCGCCUACGAGGCCUCGGGCCCUGGCGUGACCCCCGCAGGCAGGGCCGGUGUCCGCACCUGAACACAAAGCGCCUGCAGCCAGCACGUGCCCGGCACACACAGGAACACACCGUGGUGCUGAGACCACCUGCGUUCUGCAAAACUUUGGAGGAGUAAACAUGUCACUAGUCCUCACGUGGGGCAUAUUUUACUUCCAGUGGAUGGUUUUCUUUUCAUCUGUUCCUAUGGAAAAGAAAAGCAUCACGGGCCUGACGUAUAUAUACGUGCGAUUCGCACACAUAUGUCUGUGCUGGCAUGUCUGCGUAUCUGCAUGCAGUUCGCCUCUCCAUCCCUGUCCCUGGGACGGGUGGCAGCCUCAUCCUUUGUUUCCUGCUGCUCCUCACCUGGGCGUUUGCCCAUUCGGACCUGCAGUUCUGCAAUUCCAAGCCCGCAGUUCUUCAGCUCCCACGCUUCCCUUAUUCCUUGAAUAAGGCUGGGCUACGAGAUCUCAGUGCUCUGUGAGCACGUUGGCCUCAGGACACUCUGCAGGGCCCUGGCAGAGCAGCUCCCGAGGCUCGCUGUCUGCCAUGGAAGUGGGUGUGUGGCUGAACAUGUGGCUCCAGGAUUCCAGAGGUGCCUGGUGGACCUUCCAGCUGAGGGACCUGGGACCCUCUGCCUCCCACAGGUGCCGUGGCCCGUCCCUGAGCCUGUCACUGUCUCUCAGUUCUGGGCUUGGGCUCCUCAUGGGAGCGGCCCUGCUGGGACAGUGUUUUCCCAAGACGCCCCUGAGCCCUUGCCCUGGCCGCUCCGUGACACCCCAUGCAGACUCCAACAGAGGCUUAGUGCCUCUUCCUGCUGGGGUCCCACGGAUGGUGCAGGCGGAGGCCAGAGCGCUCCUGGUGCUCGUGGGCACCGGCUCAGCAGCCCUGCGUGGCCCACGUUGCUCAGUGUCUUUCCUCGCCUUGCAGAGGGGCAUGAAGCACAAGGCUCCAGUCCAGGCCGCACAGAGCAGCGACGGGCCCCUCCUGAAGGACCUCCUACGGCGGCCAAGGCGCAGUUAGCUCCACGCUAGGUAACUGCGGCUGCUGCGUGCCGCCCGUGUGCUGUGACUGUCAGACCUGUUUUUCCUCCAAAGUUUUGCUGUGCUGUGCUGUGCUGUCUUUGAUAACAAAGGUUCACGGUGAAAAAGAGCAGCUCUCUUUACACACACAUGCAUUUGCUGUCCCAGGUAAGUAACAUGCCUGAGGGCAAGCCGACCACACAUGGAACAUGCUGUGCACACCCACACACGUGCACACUCCCCCCACACACAGCACGCAGCCUGACCGGGCCCAGCUUCGUCAGAUACAGGCUCACGGUCCUGGUCCCUGGGGGAAACGGCUUCACCUAAAAGGCCUCUCAGGAAGGAGCCUGCUUUGAAAUCAAACGUGGAUAUUGCGUGGUUUGUGUGGAACUGGGGCCCAGGCAAGUGUGAGUGCAAGUCUUCUGUGUGCCAGCCGGAGCACGUAGCUUGUCGCCUCCCUGACAGACAUGGAGGCCGUGAAGACGCCUGCUCCCGCCAGCAUUUCCGGCACUGGAAACGCUGGUCUAAAAGUGGGCUGGUCUAAAAGUGGGCUGACCUGGGGACGGCCCCCCGUCAGACAGAUGCGUGCUGCCAGCCUCUUGCCGCUCCCCUCGCUGGUCAGACCUGCAGGGCCCUUGCACGUCCGGGGCCCCAGUGGGCUGUCAGAAGCCAUGUAGGCCCCAUCCAUGUGGUGACACCCAAGGCAACAUGCCAACAGGACGCAAACUGAGCGUGUCCAGUACUCCAUCAGCUCAGUCCCUGUGGGGUGGGGCCUGCCCUCUCUGGGGCAGUGAGUUCGCCUUUUGUUCGAGGGUCUCUGGGUACCGGUGUAGCGUUCGAGCUCUCACUGCACAGGAAGCCAGCUAUCGGGAGGAAACUUGUAGGUUUCCCGUCCAUGGCCUGUAUCCCUGGGGUCCCUGGUUCUUCCCUGGGAUGGUGGGACAGGGGGACAGUCACUGUUGAUGCCGAAAAGGAGAGGCACUCGUUCCUAGACAGAGACCCCUUGCCUCUAUGGCUUCUCCAGUGUCCUGAGCUGAGUCUAGCAGUUCCUGCAGGAGGCGAUGGUAGUGAGUGCAUCCCAGAGUGGCCCAGGUCACCCCAAGCAGCCCCGUGGGGAUCCCUGAGACUGACCGUGUGUCUCGUUCUCUCAGCAGAAUGGGUGCGCACAGCCUCGGGACCGCGACUCAGAGUUCACCCCUCUUGCCUCUCUGCAGAGCCCAGGCUACCAGAGCACCUGUCCCUCGGCCGCCUGGCACGGCUCCUGCUCUCAGCAGGUGACGCUCGCGGCCUGGAAGGGGAAGGUGUCCGUGGAGCCCCCACCCACCCUCAGCGGUUCCCGUCACCACUGCAGUUCCAGCCCGAGUCUCAGCUGCCCUGGGACCCGUGUGCAGAUGCUUGUGUGAUGGAUGGUCCUAAGCCUGUGGAGACCGCACACGCCUCUUCCUGGCCCCCAGGAGGCAAGGAGGGGGGUCACAGGCCUUGCCCUCGAGUGUGGCACGCUGGCCGCCUGGACCCAGCGCUGCAGUUGUUGAGCCACGCCGGUCCCCCCGGGCAUUCGGCCCGACUCAGAAGGGACAUCCGGCUGGCGCACCCUGUGCUGUCAUGCAGAGGCCAUUCCCCCAGGCCCGUGUCUUCACCCACCUACUGUCAUCGGUCUUUGCUGUCGCUGGGAGAGAAGAGCCAUCCAGGCCCCCGGGGCGGCCAUGUGUGGACACCUGCUGCUGUUCCUGCUCGCCCGGCCGCCACUCGUGCCCUCCAUAGGGUGAGGUGGAGCUGUGGCGGCACGUCCUUUCCUCAGCAACCCUCCAAUCCUCAUGCUGUGGGAAGGGCCUGGUCACUCGGAUACCGUCAUCCCUGCGGAUGCACAGCCGUGCCCUGUUCAUCUGGGAGCGGCUUCCCUGUGGUUAAGUCCAAGCCUGCCUGCUCUGUGUGUCAGGGCUGGCUGAGUUUCGGUCUCCCCAUCAUCGCGUCGUGCAGAAAGCAGUGCCAUGUGGGAGGACAAGGCCACGCCAGUGGCUUCCAGCCCUGCAGCACAAGUGCCAGGAUGUCCAUCGGCCACUCACCAGAGCAUGGAGCCGUCAGUCCACUGUUGCAGGAGAAUGUUGAUUUCGCAGGUGCAAGGGCCAGGAGACAGAUACUUGACUAUGAUGGGCAGACAUCCUCUGUCCCCGUGGAACGGUCACCACCAAGGUGGUGUUGGUGCCCCAGAACCUGUCUCGGGCUGAUGGGGGUGGCCCACAGGACAGGGGUGGAUCCCAGCAGGCAGCACUGCAGCUCCGCCCACCUCCCACACUGCACCUCCGCCCACCUCCCACACUGCAGCUCCGCCCACCUCCCACACUGCACCUCCGCCCGCCUCCCACACUGCACCUCCGCCCACCUCCCACACUACACCUCCGCCCGCCUCCCACACUGCAGCUCCGCCCUCCUCCCACACUGCACCUCCGCCCGCCUCCCACACUGCACCUCCGCCCACCGGGCUCUGCGUCCCCUUGUCCCCACAUCCCCACGUCCCCACGCAGGGCUCUCCUUCGUCUUAGGAUUCUGUCCAGCGCUGCUCUGGGUGGGUUAGCAACCCAAGGGCUGCUGUGAUACAAAGUCCCUGUUGCUCUCUGUACUGGCGUUUCUAUUUCUAGAAAUAAUCUUUGACGUAGCCUUAAUGGUCCUUAAAGAAGACAUUUCAUUGUGAGAUUCGGUACUGCUGCCUUUCAGGAAAGUACCAGACGCUGGAGGAGGAGCCGGCCCUCAUGCCCUCCCAGAGCCACGCUGUCAGACGGGCUCCGGCAGGCGAAACCAGAGGGUGUUUCCGAGGUGCUCGACAGUAGGUGUUUUUGGAAGCUCAAAUUUCACCAUUUGAUUGUAUAAUCUUUUACCUAUACAAUAUUUAUUUGAACUAAAGGAUAAAUCGGCGGUAAGAACAGCGAACACAGUGGUUGAGAUAAACUAAGGUGACAAAUAAACACCACACCAAAGAUGAGGGUAGUGAGCAACUGGCUUGAGCAGACAGAACGGGGAGGACUCCACCGUGUCCCGAGGUCCUCGUGCAGCCGCCCUGGCUUGGCAGCCCUGCCCACGCUACCCCCGCAAACAAUGGUGUGUGCAUUUUUACAGCCCUUUUUAAGAACCCAAUAUGGGCAUAAAUGUAAUACCUGUAUGGGGGGCAGAUUCUCUGUAUGUUCAGUUAACAAAUUAUUUGUAAUGUAUUUUUUUAGAAAUCUUAAAAUUGCCUUUGCACUGAAGUAUUUUCAUAGCUGUUUAUAUAUCUUUUAUUCAUUUAUUUAACAUAUUGUCUAAUUUUAAAAAUAGGUUUAUAAAGCUUUCAUUUUUAAGUUUAUGUAAUUUUGGCCACUUUACAUUUAGAUUCUGGUGAGAGUUUUGACUGAAUGUUCCAAUCUCUGAUGAAUGUGAAUUUUCAGAUUUGAUUUUAUUCUCUACACACACCUCUUCCUUUCUUGGUAUUUCUGGUGGCAGUGAUUAGUUAAACAGCAUAUUUAAGGUACGAUAAUUUGCUAUACUUUUUCUUUACAAUUUGUUGCAAUUUCCUCUGCUUUCUGUGUUUCAUUGUUAAUUUCCAUCCUUCAGCCUUAAAAAUAGAAGAUUCUCACAUGAAGGUUUAGUAAGCUGGGUCCCAGCUCUGCCUGUGUGGAGAUAGUCACCAUGUACCUCUGACAACAAGUCUUAGUGUGAAAGUCACUAAACUUUUACACACUCCCAAACGUCUUUUAAAAAAUUGCUUGGGAAAUUAUUAAAUGAAUGUACCUGAUCAUUUGAAAUCGACAAGGGGCACGAGAUAAAAACUAAAAGGAUGACGUCAGUGAAUGACGUCACAGGGUCUUCACACAAUUUUCCACCUCACAGUAGUUAGUAUUUACUUGCCUUAAACUAACUUUGAAGCAAGUAAUGUCAACUUUGAGCACUUUGUCGAGUUUUGAAAAUCUUAUUUGCUGCUGCACAGGUUAAUUAUCAAUUUGUAAUUCAGCAUGUUGGUCAGAGACACAGUCGCUGAUUCACACCCAGUCACCGCCACAGACCGUCUCAGACACGCACAGUGGGCCUGCUGCAUGACUCACACCCAGUCCCUGCCACAGACCGUCUCAGACACACAUAGUGGGCCUGCUGCAUGAUUCACACCCAGUCCCUGCCACAGACUGUCUCAGACACACACAGUGGGCCUGCUGUGUGACUCACGCCCAGUCCCUGCCACAGACCGUCUCAGACACCCACGGUGGGCCUGCUACAUGUGUGUCCCGGGCUUUUGGCUCCACGUUCACUCAUAGCCAUGUCCACUUGCAGGCUUGCACACAGAAACACACACAUACAUAUGUACAUGUACACACCACAAACAUGCAAGCUCCCGCACACAUGUAUGCACACAUGUACACAAGUGUGAGCUCCUCCACACGUGCACACGUGUAUGUACACCAAAGCAUGUGUGACAUACAUGUACAUGCACAUGUGUACACAUACUACAGACGUGUGCACACUCCACACAAUGCAUGUGCACAUACCAUGAAUGGUGUAAGUUCCUACACACAGAUGUGAUACAUGCAUGUACAUGUAAGCACACAUGUACAAGCUCCUACAGGCUUGCUCUCACACGUGUGUAUGCACACAAGACGUAUGAGCUUCACCUGUACACAUGCAUACACACACAUGCACAUGUACAUUCACUACAAACACAUGCAGGCUCCUGCACACAUGAGCACACAUGCACAUGUACACACCCUAAGCAUGCACAGGCUCCUACACACGAAUAUGCACACAUGCACAUGUACACAUCCCAAACACGCACAGGCUCCUACAUGCACAUGCAUGUGUACACCACAGACAUGAGUUCCCAGACGUAAACACGUGUGCGCACACCAUACACACGUGAGCUCCCACACAUGUACACACCACAAACGUGCAGGCCCCCGCACACGCGAAUACAUCCAUGCACGUAUACACACAUGUGCCACAAGCAAGUGCCCACUGUCCUGGUGUCCCGCAUUGCAUCCUGCCUCCUUCCUGAGGGCCCCUGUGAGGGGCCUCUGGCCGGGCAUGGGAAGAUGGGGCUCGUAGCCCAGGCCUCCCUGGGACGGAGUGUCCCCCUCCUGGCAGAAUGUCUAGGCUUCGCAGAGUGGGCCCGGGGUGAGGUCGCAGCUUCACUUACACCAGCUGCUCUGUGAGCAGCGCUUGGUGCCCUGGACAAGGUCCUUUCCCCUUCAGGGAGGUCCAGCCCCACGAGCUGAAACCUCCCCUUGGAUCAGCCCUCUACCAGGUGGCCACAGCAGGACCGGCCACGCCCACGCCGCACCUCAUCCCUGCACACGUCAGGGAGCACAGCCGGUCUUCUGCCACGAGCCAGCUGGGAAGGGCCGCGGCCUCCUAAAGCCCCAGUCAACCCGGCCUGCGUCGGAGCAGACGGGGCGAACAAGCAGGCCACACCGCCUCGAGGGAGGAGGCCAGAUGCGGCAGCUUCUCCAACAGGGUGACCAUCCGCUCGGCUUGCUGAGCGUUUAAACAAAUGUCUAGACAGGCUGUUGUGACUUCUCUGAGUUGAGCCUUGGCCAGGGGUCCGGUGCCGUAGCAGGAAACCUCCAGCCUUGUUCUUCAAACCACUCAGCUUAUGUGUUUUGCACUGACUAGUAUUGAAUAAUGCAGCCACUUUUAUUUAAUGUUAAUAUUAUUUAUUUGGCAGCUCAGUGUCUUAACAGCUUGAUAUGCAGGUCCUUGUAUCCUACAUUUCUUUAGGAAGUUACCCAUUUGUAACUUUAGAAACAGGAAAAAUGUCAGUUGGUAAAUGCAAUCUUUUUUUUUUUUUUUUUUUAAGCUAAAGGUGGGUGAACUGGAAUGAAAAUCUUUCUGAUAUUGUGUCUAUAAGCAGCUUUGAUGGGGAUGUGUUAGAAGUGUCAUGAAAGUGUGAUUCUACUUUUGCAGAAAAAAUCUAAAGAUCAAUUUAUAUAGCUUUAUUUUUUACUUUAUCAAAGUAUACAGAAUUUUAAUAUGCAUAUAUUGUGUCUGACUUAAAAUUAUAAUGUCUGCGUUACCAUUUAAAAUGUCUAUUCAUUAGGUAAUGUAAUAAAAGAAGGUCUUCAAAAUGUAUUUAAUAUGAAUGGUAUCCAUAGCUGUCAUCAUCAUAAAUACUGGAGUUUAUUUUUAAAUUAUUAAACAUAGUAGGUGCAUUUAACAUAAAUCAAGCCUCCACACAUUAACAUUUAACUGAUCAUUAAUCUGCUUUGAAAAGUUAAAAUAUAAAUUAAACCAAAUCUAACAUUUCUGUAAAGUUUAUUUUGUAUGCUCCUGUUUUUAACUUUUAUUUCUGUAGAUAAACUAACUUGAUAAUAUUAUAUUGGACUUUUCUCUAGAUUAUCUAAGCAGGAGACCUGAAUCUGCUCGCAAUAAAGAAUAAAAAUCUGCUUCAGUUUCUUUAUAAAGAAAAUCA